GGACGCUUUUUACCCUUCCGGAAGUGCGUGGCUCUGAGGAAAUAUGGCGCACAGAGCAGUGCAUAUACCAGUGGUAUUCGUUUCUUCAAUCUAUUCUUUUACUUCGUUCUGUUUGUCUAUUUUCGUCGCUUUUGCAGCAUUUGAAACAGUAUACACUGACAAUGUGUUCAGUGCAAGUCACACGGCUACUGUACCCAUCGCUGCCGCUAGGGAUCUACGGUACCUUUUGUAUGACGUGAACCCCCCAGAGGGUUUCAAUCUGCGGAGAGAUGUCUAUAUCCGCAUGGCCUCCCUGGUGAAGACUUUGAGGAAGGAAGGGGAUGACUGGGUAUUGGUGCUUCCCCCAUGGGGUCGCCUCUACCACUGGCAGAGCCCCAACAUCCACCAGAUCCGCAUCCCAUGGGGAGAGUUUUUCAGCCUCACUAGCCUGCAGGCCAAUGUGCCUGUCAUUGAGUAUGAGGAAUUCAUCGCUGAGAAUGGAGGCCCAUUCAUAGACCAGGUUCUGGUACUGCAAAACUACGCUGAGGGAUGGACUGAUGGGAAAUGGGAGGAAAAAGUUGAUGAGCGGCCGUGCAUUGAGAAGUUGAUGUUCUCCAAAGAUAAACAGGGCUACUACAGGGGCUGGUUUUGGGGCUACGAAGAGACGAGAGCUCGAAAUGUAACAUGUAUAUCAGCCCAAGGCCAUGCUUCCAUCAUGGCCCCAGUUCUUCAGAAAAACAUCACAGUGACAUCAGUCAUGCUUGACCGUGCAGAGACACUCCUCCAUGAUCACUAUGCUGGGAAGGAUUACUGGGAUACCCGUCGCAGUAUGGUUUUUGCCAAGCACCUGCGACUCAUAGCAGAUGACUUCAGAGCAAAGUACCUGAACUCUACAGAUGACAGAGACCAUACCAUUUACAGUGAGGAUUGGACUCGCAUGAAAGCCAAGCUGGGCUCAGCUAAAGGUGGUCCAUAUCUGGGAGUCCACCUGCGCAGGAAGGACUUUAUCUGGGGUCACAGAGAGGAUGUACCCAGCCUUAAGGGGGCAGUCAAGAAAAUGCGCAGCUUGAUGAAGAAGCACAAACUCGACCAUGUGUUUGUUGCAACAGAUGCAGAUGAGGAAGAAUUGAAGGAGCUGAAAAGGUUGUUGCCAGACAUGGUGCGGUUUGAGCCGUCCACAGAGGACCUGGAGCUCCUUAAAGAUGGAGGGGUGGCCAUCAUUGACCAGUGGAUAUGUGCCCAUGCAAGAUUCUUCAUAGGAACAUCAGUGUCCACCUUCUCUUUCCGGAUCCAUGAAGAGAGGGAGAUCCUUGGUUUUGACCCCAAAACUACAUACAAUCGUUUCUGUGGGGACACUGAGAAAGAAUGUGAACAGCCCACACACUGGAAAAUUGUUUACUAAUGUGACGUCUGAACUUCUUGACACACACAAGUGCCAAAAGCAGUGUUAAAAGUGACAGUUAUUUGUAUGGAAUAUACAAGAUGUUUUAACUGUUUUAUGGUGUAUUUUUUUUACUUUUUAUGGUUUCAGAGUUGUGCAAUCAGGUCUGUAGUGACCACUGUGACUGAACCUUAUGCUCAAAAGGCCAAGAUUGGGCUGCCAAACAUGUAUUACUGUAGCGUUCAACAAGUAAAUCUGCAAAUAGUUUGUAGGUUAUAUGUUGAAUGUGGAUCCUUCAUGACAGCCUGGUAUUUUACAUAAUUUCAGAUAUUUAUAACUAACACCAGCACCACCGGUGAGAAAAAGUGUCUUAUAAUGACCAAGAGAAAGUGUUGUAUGGGAGUAUUUUCAGUUUAACAUUUUGUGAGAUUAAAAGACGUUGAGCAUCUAAGCUCUAAUUAUUCUACUUUUAAAAUCUUAAAACUAAAAAAGUUUUUGUUUUUUUUUUGUUUCAAAAAUAGCACCAUAUAAGUAUGAAGUAGCAUUCGGGGAUCAAGAGCACAGUAUGAAGAUAAUGCAUUUUUAAUUAAAGGUACCCUUUGGAGUUUUCUUGCUCUAGUGUACAUACAAGUGCGUCCUUGUGCCUUUGCACAAGAGCCAAACAAAAGGGGGUCCACUCACAAACACUGUUCCAUAGUGCUACUGGUGGUCAAAAACUCCACAGGGUACCUUUUUAAAAUAGAACCUAAUGAUUCCCAGUUCACGAUUUGUUAAAAAGAGGUGAUUUCUCUUCUGAUUCCAUUAUAUUUCAGUGUUUGUGUGAAAUAACUUUCCUUUCAUAUUUUUAGCAGUGCCAGUAUUAACAUUUGUUACAUGGGAUUACAUUACAAUGUUACUGAUGUUGGAAAAGUAGGAAAUAACAAUAUCAUGAUGAAUUUUAACAAUGCUUAAUUCCUUCAGCCUUUUCUUUUUAAACCACAUACUAGACUGUAUAUUUGGCAUCAACCAUUAUAGUGUUAUUACUAAUGAUACUACUAUUGAAAGGAAUUGAAAUGGCGCGAAGGAACCACUCUUGCCAACACUAGCCAGCCAUGAAGCUGUUAUCUUACAACAUACCCUGUUUUUUGUUUUUUUCAUUCCUGAGGAUGCACACACACGGGCAUUGUCUUAUGACUUGGUUUGUACAGUAGAUGUGUAAUUUUUGGUGUUGAAUAAAAGUUUUUAGCAGAGUUUAAACAUGGCAGAAAACAAAA